AUUACUACUGGGAAGGAGGAGUGAGGGAGCCGCCGACGCCGCCCGCCAUUUCGCCGACGUCCAUCUCAAGCACAUCUGACCCGAACGACAACCACAAAGGUUUGCCGUAAGGUCACAUCUGUAGAAGAAGGAAGAACGUCAUCCACGAGUCCAUACGUGUGAAAGAGUCUUGGCCAACCACUGUCUGGUCGACCUUCCAUCAGCAUCCACAACAACGCAGUAGUUCCCUCGGGCAAAGCACGAAGGAACGUCGUAUUUGUUGCUGCUUUCCCUGGAAUCGUCCAUCCCAUUCUAGACGCCACAUACCCUUCCUCGAGAACAACGUACUCACAGAAGGCAUCAAAUGAACACACAAUUGAUCAACGCGGAGCUGCAACCCCCGCCCAACCUCAUCCCCAAUCCAACACCUGCCGAGUCCACCCCAGCCGCCGCCGCUGUGCCCGCGGCCGAGCCUUCUUCAACCCCCAUUCCUCCCCCACCAGGCCUCGCCACGUCCUCCACCCUUGCCGCGUCACCCGCCAUCCCCAUGCAGACGCCAGUAUCGACUGCACCUGCCAUCUCUACGACAGCGAUCGCCCCCCCCGCAGAUUUGGACGACGCCAUCGAUUCUACCUCGGAAGGAAGUGCGACCGUCAACGCUUUGGGCGACGAGUGGCGAAACAAGGAGAACGAUCGCUCCGCUCGGCAACACAUUGCGCGCAUCAUCUUGAGUUUAAUCAUGAAGAGCGCGAACCGGCCUGCUUCCAACAACUACAAUCCUCGGGAGAUUGCGCGGCGGCUGGAGCAUACGCUGUACAUGAAUUCGUCGUCAAAGGAAGAGUACAGCAACUUGACCACGCUCAAAGUCCGCCUCCAGCGGGCAUUGGACACGUCCCGACGAAGGCAGCAAGAAGCGCAACUCAAGCAAAGCGGGGGGGCACCGCCAGCCGCCGAUGCAUCCGCCGCCCCCUCGGCCGCCGGUGCACAGAAAGCCGCUCCCGCCACGCCUUCCGCUGGGGGACCGAUCAAACCCCCUCCAGCCGCCCACGCGGCCCAGCUAAAAGCAGUCCAUUCGCAAGCCAUGCAGAUGCAGCUCCAGAAAGCUCAGUUUCAAGCGCAAAUGCAGCUUCUCAACAAGCCCCAGCCGCCACCACCACCGGCGUCCGCCGCCACCGCGACCUCGAGCAGUGGUGGUGGCGCGUCGUCGUCUAAUAUUUUGGAAGAACUCGAACGCGAAGCCGACGAAAUGGCCGGGGGGAUCAGCGACCAGCCGUUGGAAAUGCCAACAUCCGAGCUCGAAGCCGCUUCGUCCGUGGCGCCAACAACGUCGACGAAUGCCAAUAUGCUCAACAUGCCCCUGAACAUGCUCAAUAUGAUGCAGAACCGCGGGGUCCCGUACGGAAUGAAUCUGCUGAAUGGAAACGCUCCAUAUGUGCAUCCGCAGCUACAGCUGCAACAGCUCCAACAGAUGCAAAUGCAGCAGCUCCAACUGCAAAAACUCCAACACAUGCAGCAGAUGCACCACAUGCAGUUGAAUGCCGCGGCCAAGGUCACCACCACGGGAACCACGGGAACCACGACAGCCGCCACGCACCUCCCGCAAGCGGCGGCGGCGGCCACUCAAGGCGGCGGCCCCACGCAGCCGCUGGCUCCCCCCAUCAUUCCAUCUUCGUCGUCUUCCACGGCGGGGGUGGCGCUGUCGAUGCCGCCGGGGCUCGCGGGGGAAGUCACGCCCAAGCAACGCCGCGAAGAGUUUCGGAAACGGCUGAUUCAACUCAAACAUGCGCGAACGUGCCAGAGCACCCCGUGUGACGAACUCUUUUGCGCCAAAGUCAAAGUGCUGCUGACCCACGUGUCCAACUGCUCGGAUGCCGAGUGCACGACCAUCGGGUGCAAGUCGACGCGGCAGCUGCUGUCCCACUACCGCAAGUGCCGAGACAUGCAGUGCUACGUGUGCACGGCCAUCCGCACGCAAAACCCGACCAACCAAGCGUUUGUCCUGCGUCGGCAGCAAGAUCGGCUGUGCAUGCUCCGCCACGCGUCGACGUGCGCGGCGCCGCAGUGUCCGAUGGCGUACUGCGUCGACAUGAAGGUGCUAUGGAAACACAUUUGCGACUGCCGCCAGACCCAAUGUCCCACCGACCACUGCAUCAGUUCGCGGUACGUGUUGUCCCAUUUCAAGCAGUGCCAAAAGCCAGACUGUGGCGUCUGUGUCCCCGUGCGCCACGCCAUCAAAAUCAUCGACUCCACCAAAACCAACCCGCAGGAACUCCAGGCGUUGGCGUCGUCGUGCCCGAACGAAGUUAAGAUUUUGAUCCGGCAAAUGACCACGGUCCCCAUCUCGAUUCCCAUGCAGCACCAGCAAGGAGGUGGGUUAACCAUGAUGGGCCAGCAGUCCAUUGGCGAUAUGAAGCCACCCCAGUCGAUGCACAUCAUGGGGGCAGCCGCGCCCACGCAGGCCGCCGCUGCUAAGCAAGAGAUGCCACUGGGACCGCCAGCGAACUUGACGGCGGCUCUUGCCGCCCCCGCGACCAAAGCGCCGGCGAAACCAAAGGCAAAGUCCAAAGCGGGUGUCAGCGGGGCUGCUGCUCUGGGUACCCCGACUCAAGCGACGGGCAAACCCGUCAAGUCGGAGGGCAAGGCCAAGAAGGGCGAGUUGGCGACCCCCGUCCCCCAAACGGGAGCUGCGGCGUCCAAGAAACCACUGGCGACGGAUAAAGAGAAGAAGGAGAUUCGCAAACUCAAGGCGGAAAAGGCCAAGGAGCGCCAGCAAACCAAGCUCGGCGUGAAACCGGCGCACCCCCCCACCGCUGGAAUCUCGGCCAUCAAGAUGGAGCCAGAGUUCAAACUCCCCUCAGUCAUGCCAGCGAGUUCGCCGACCAACGUCCUAAACAACGAACAAGACAUUUCGUACUUGGACUCGAUGACGGAAGCACAGCUCGACGAACACAUCAAGUCGCUCCGGUUCAACUUUUGCGGCCACAUUUCGCUGGUCGAGCUCAAGAACCGGCUGCUGCCGCUGCUGACCGCGAUCAUGGAGACGGAGCACGGAUGGGCGUUCAAUACCCCCGUGGACCCGAUCCAGUGGAACAUCCCCGACUAUUUAGACGUAAUCAAGUGUCCUAUGGACCUGGGAACGAUCAAGAAGCGUCUUGAAAGCGAGCACUACGUGAGCGUCGACUCGUUUGCGUCGGACGUGCGGCUCACGUUUGAAAACUGCAUCGCGUACAACAGCAGCACCAACAAGUUCAACCAGGCGGCCAAGCAGCUGCUGGUGCAAUUUGAAACGGCGUUGAUGGCGUUGAAGGAGCAGCUCGAGUCGGAACUCAAGAGCCGGUGCGAACAGCGCCGCGAGGAGAUGUGCCAAUUGUGUGGCGGCGACUCGUUCAAGUUUGCGCCGUGCAUGUUGUUUUGCAGCGGACCGUGCACCGGUCGCAUCCGCCGCCACACGCAUUACUAUAGCGACCCCCGCGGCGAGUUUCACUGGUGCUCGAGCUGUUUCAAGCAAAUGAAGGAUGGUCCGCUCGACAUGACCCUGCUCCCCGUGUCGGCCACCGCCUCGACGGCCGACGCGCCGCUCACCAAAGCGCUGCUGCUCAAGAAAAAGAACAGCGAAGUGGCCGAGGAGCCGUGGGUCGCAUGUGAUACAUGCAAGCUGUGGUACCAUCAGAUUUGCGGACUAUUCAACGAGCGCAACCACGCCAUCUCGGGCGAACAAGAGCUGUUUGUGUGUCCAUUUUGCACGAUCAAGGCGCGGCAGGCCGGCCAAGCGCCUCAAACCAAGUUCCCACUGCAAGCGAAGCGGCUGCCCAUGACUCGGAUGGCGGCGCGCAUUGAAAAGCGGGUGGUCGACGCGUUGGCCAAGGCGCAGGCCGAGGAGCUGGCGCGGUUAAACUCGCUGGGGAACGUCGAGAGCGACGGGACCAGCGCGCUGCACCCCAAGACCGCGACGCCCGUGCCGUCGUUCGCCAUAACGAUCCGCGAAGUGCUGAGUGUGGACAAGCAGGUGCAGAUCAAACAGCGCAUGGCCAAGCAGUUUGUGGCCAAGGAAAGCGUCAAAGCGUCGGACGGCGCAGCUGUCAAGCGCAGCAAAAGCAACGGGGACAUGUCGGUGAAGAAGGUCAAGGUGGAAGCCAUGGACCCGUCCAAAGCAUCGUCGGCAGUCGUGAAGAAGGAAAAGAAGGACAAGUUUGAGCUCACGUACCGGUCGCGAUGUGUGUGUGUGUUUCAAGAGCUGGACGGUGUCGACGUCCUCAUCUUUACGCUGUACGUGCAAGAGUAUGGCGAAAUGUGCGCCGAGCCCAACCGCGGCCGCGUCUACGUGUCGUACUUGGACUCUGUGGCGUACUUUCAACCGAAAAAAUUUCGCGUGUUGAUGCACCAGCAGGUCAUUUUGGGGUUUCUAGACGACGCCAAGAUGCGCGGGUACCACACGGCACACAUUUGGUCGUGCCCGCCGUUGAAAGGCGACGACUACAUCUUUUUCUGCAAGCCAGACAACCAGAAAAUACCCAAGGCGGCGCGGUUGCGGUCGUGGUACAGCAAGUUGCUCCAGGGCGCGAAAAAGGAAGGGCUGGUGUACAACAUUAGCAACCUGUACGCUGAGUACUAUAUGAAGCGGAAGACUGCGUUGGAGUUGCCGUACUUUGAGGGCGACUAUUGGCCGCGUUUGGCCGAAGACUUGAUCAAACAAGUCGAGGAUAAAACCAAGCCGCCGACGAAACCCAGCCAACGAAAGAGCAGCGACUCCGCCGCCUCGUCGGACUAUAGCGCCAUUCCUCCCGACGUGUCCGUCCCUGCCGCUACUACUAGUACCAAGCACCAAUCUGGCAAACACAAGGGCGAAGUCAAUAUGGACCCGAUCAUGCAAAAACUCAAAGCCAUCCUGGAGCCGCAAAAGGAGGACUUUUUCGUUGUGGAUUUACACCCUCGAUGCCACAAGUGCAACGCAGGCGUGAUCAACCGGCCGUACUGGAUCCUCAAGACGCUCGUGCCGUCCCCCGACGGCAUCAACGACGUGAUUGAAGCCCUGAAAAAAGCCAAGUCGGCUGCCGUCAAGUCGUCCAUGCUGCCGCGCCACUACCACCACUACUAUUGCGCGUCAUGUUAUGACAGCAGCAAGAACACGCUGCAGUCGCGCGUCGAUGCGUCGAUCGUGGGCGCGAAAAAAGCCCAAGACAUUUACGCUGCCGUCCAAGCCGCCAACAGCGACCCCAUGACGUUCAACUAUGCCGGCCACGACAUCUUGGACGUCAAGUACGAGCUCCAGUUGACAAGUUCCGUGAGUUCGCUGCUCCUCGAGGGCGAACCGCCGAGGCCGAACCUGGCGCUGGAGCCCGACACGGACGAACUCAUGCCGUGCGAGAUCUUCGACACGCGCGAAGCAUUCCUCAUGUACUGCCAGAACAACCAUUGCCAAUUUGAUCAAAUCCGCCGCUCCAAGCACUCGUCCAUGAUGGUGCUGUAUCACUUGUUCAACCAAGGCACGACCGGGUUUACAUUUACGUGCCACAAGUGCAGCAUGACGCUGACCAGCGGCAAGCGGUGGAACUGCUCGAUCUGCCUCAACUUUAACCUGUGCGAAGGCUGCCGCGCCAAAACCAAACACGAGCACCCGCUCCAUGCAUUCCAAAUCGUGUCGAUUCCACAGCCCAAGCACAAGACGUCGGCAGAAAUCGACAUGCACAACAUGGAGGGAUCGUCCAUCUUACUCGACACUGCCUCGUCCAGCCGCAAGAAGAAUGCAAAGAAACGCCCGGGACCUAAGAAGGGCAAGGGCAAAGGGGGCCAUGCGGGGUCGUCGAAGAAGGCCAAGAUGGACGCGUCGAGCCAGCCACCGGACGAACCUGCGCUCGCCACGCCUGCGAUGCCGUUCCCCAGUGCCCCCCCGCCCACUGCUAGUACUAGUGCGCUGCCACACUCUGUCGCAACUGCCGUUCCUUCUACCCCCGCGACCACGGGGGGGGUCGUGACUACAACCACCCCAAGCGUCUCCACCGCAGCACCGGUUGCUCCUCCGUCAGUGGCGCCCCCCGUCGCUGCCCCCACGACGCCAACCGGUCCCAGCGCUUCUGCUGCAUCGGUCAACCAGCAACGUAUCCACAACGUUGACCCCCAGCUGCUCGUCCAGCUCGAGCACGCCAGUUUAUGCAAAUUAAGUGACGCGUGCACAUACACCAAUUGCAACCGGAUGCGAGCGAUGCUCAAGCACGGCGCCACAUGUGAGGCGCGCAAGGUCGGGCCGUGCCAGCUGUGCAAACGCAUCGUCGGACUCUUGAGCGCCCACGCCAAGCAGUGCGUCAAGCCCAUCAGCGAGUGCCAAGUGCCCCGGUGCACGGAAAUCCGCCGACUCGUCGAGCAAAGUCAGCAAAAGCAAGCGGCGGCGGCGGCGGCAGGCGGGGGGCCAGUCCACCCGCUGCAGCAAUAAGAGGAAACCGCCGCCGCCGC